AUGAUGCAUCUCUGUGGGUCCUUCCGUGGCGCCGGGGGAUAUUCACCUGUCAUUCCUCCUUUUCAGCUGGCCAUAUUCAAGUCACUGCGGUUGUUGGCUCGUGUCCCAAGCAUUUCAUUUCUUGUGCCAGAUUGGAAAUUUCCACGAUUUGUUAUUAAUAAUUCCAAAUGGAUUAUCGAAUUAAGCAAAAAAGAAACUAAGUUAUUACAUAAAGUAUUUCAAGAUUGCGAUGAGGGCGGCAAAGGAUAUUUAACACGAGAAGAUUUGAAAGUUUCUCUCGUGUUAGUAUUUGGUUACAAACCCUCUAAGUAUGAAACUGACCAAAUGAUGAAAAAAUAUUGCCAUGGCGAUGAGAUAAACCCAGGUUUGAAUCUUGAACAAUUCCUGGAAGUGAUGAAACCAAAAAUGCUAGUAAAAGAUGAAGAUGAAGAAAUUCGACAGACAUUCAUGGCAUUUGAUUCGCAAUGCAAUGGUUUCCUAAAAGUGGAAGACCUGAAGAAAGUUUUUGCACAGGUUGCACCCAAUUUUCCAGUCCAACAGAUUGAGAAAGUUUUCCGAGAACUCGACAGCAAUGGUGACAGCAGAGUGAGUUUUAAAGAUUUCGAAUUCAUGAUGAAACAUGGCAAUGAAUCGGCAAUUUGA